GUCGGCGAGAACAGUCCAGUUUUUCCUAGAACAAGUCCGGUCUCAGUUCGGGAUUUUUAGUUUUUGUUUGCUUUUGUAGAAUGACUGUAAAUUGUUUAAACAACAAGUUUCGAUUUUGAAUUGAAGUGUCGAUGGGUGAUCGUUGGAAGUGUUUGAUUUCUUGGGUUUCAUAAAGUUUUUCAUUCAAGUGAUAAGAUGUUAGUUUCGUUUUCAGUACACGAACGCCGAGCGGGUAUUGACUUUCCUUCUCUCACUGCAUAAUUCAUUAGUGGACUUCACCUCAAUUUGGGUCAGCACCUCGUGUGUUGGCCAGCCAGCACAGGCCCGUUCCAUGCCCGUGACUUUCCGAUUUCGGCAGAAAGAAGAACAUUAUUCUGCGUGCCUUCCGCCAUGUUGGAAAACGUGGUCCCCGGUUCGCCUUCAGAUUAAUCGUUAAGCAGUGCUUUACCCUGAUCGGAAAUCGUCAGUGUUUCGGUGUGUUAUAAUUAUACCAUCAACUAUUGAUCUACACGGAACGUUAGUGGCAGCAAUUAAGAAAUCAAUCGUGUUCUGAAAUUCCGGUAGACUCUAGAUAGUGGACUGUUGUGUGUUUCCAACGGUCACCAUCUAUCACUUUUUCUGAGGUCAACGUAAUUGAUAUCUAAGAUAAUUAUUCCGACUUCAGUAAAAGUAUUUCCUAUUCGCAGUGUCCGAUGUGAUGUAAAUAAUUCAGCAUGUUCUAGUGAAGUGGCCAUGAAUUUACGAUAUCGACGUUUGUGGUUCAUCUAAACUGAACGUCUAUCUUCGAUUGAUUUCACCGGUCUCAAGUUGGAUGCAGGCGUAACGAAAAUGCCAACCAUUUCUUCACGUCAGCAGGAAGAACUUUUGGAAGAGAGUCCAGCAUUUGCGGCCUUGCCGGUUGAUCAGCUGAGGGUGAGCGGAAAGCCAAAUGCAAUCGUUAGGCCGCUACGUCGCAACCGGGAAGUGAUCGAAGGGCAGUAUCUGCUCAACUUGCAACCGGACUUCAAGCUUCUUCAGGAUUUGGAAACGCAGAUCAUUCACAGUAACGGCAACGGCACCACUAACAUCAAUAAUAAAGUUCUCAAAAGCGACAGCAACAAUAACACUACCGCAACAACCACCAUCCUCCCACAAACCAACGGGCCCAACCCGGCAAAAAAGACGGACCACGGCAAGCACAAUGAGUUCACCAAAGAGUUGGAUGCCAAGCUGAGGAGACUGCAGAACGAUGCCUCCUCUAAGCGUUCCUCGAAAAAUGGAAGUUCCCAGGAGGUGGAUGCCAGGAGGAAACCUCUGUUCAUCACAACCGUCCCGAAGGGCGUCUUUCUGCAGCCGACCAGAGAACUUCCCAGCUUGGCCCCCUCGGCUGCCACCUUGAGGCGCCUCUACGCUUACGAGAGCCGACCCCGGUUGUUGAUUACGAAAAACAACAACGAAAGCAGCAAGGAAAACUUGAGCAACAACAACAACGAUAUCAAUCAUCCUAAUCGCAACCACCUGAGUAACGAAAAUGGCGACCACAAUCAUAAAAUUACCAUCACUCAAACGAGCUCGGAACCGAACGUGGCCAAAGUGGCCGUCUUUGCAACCGACAGCGUCCCGAGACACAGUUGCAUCAACAGAACACCAAGAGAACAUUCCUCAUACCAGAAUGUGAUGCACGAUCGGCGAGUGGUCAGGGGUAGCAAUUUCACCGGAUUCCAGUCGUGGAACCCUUAUUUUGCUUAUGCUGGUCUUCUAUCAGGAAAGGGCGAAGGCGAUUGUCUGCAAAAGGAAGCGGAAGCCAAACGACGGCAGCUGAUCCGGAAGAAGUACGUUUCCAGGAAUCAGCGCGGCAUCAUCGGAACCCCGCCUCCGGUCCGGGGACGUCGUCACGAGCUGGUGCAAACGGAAAAGUAUCUCGAAGAGUUAUUCGUUGGUCACCCACCUGUAGAGGAAGCGGGAUGUCAGACAGAUCAGUUCCUGUAUCGACCACCCACGCCACCAUACGUGCCUCAGAAAGUGGGAUCGGAUGUUGCAACACAAAUCCUGGAAGGAGAUCUGUUCGACUUCGAUACCGAAGUGCAACCAAUUAUCGAAGUUCUGGUUGGGCGCACGAUCGAACAGGCCCUCGUCGAAGUGCUACACGAGGAAGAAAUUGCAGAAAUCAAACGCCAACAGCAGCAAAUUCUGGCCCUGCGAGAGGCCGAACUUUCCGAACUUCGUCGCCUGGAGAUCGAGGACCAGAAGAUACAGGCCGAACGAGAGCGCCGAAUACUGCAGGAUAAGAUCGCUCAAGAUUUGGACCGGGAAAUGCAGGAAAGAAUUACGGCCGCCAAACUGUUGCAGGGUCGUAUCGAUGAUCUACUGCCAGAUGUGAUGAAUGUCGUAGAGAACAUUAAGGACGAAAAGGAUCGAGUGGAGUUCGAGCGACAGAUUGCACCAUGGAUCGCCAAACAGGUUGCGCACGAGAUUGGACAGAUGAUCGAUUCCAAGGACCUACUUGAGGAUAUAAUCCGAGAAGUUUUGAUUCAGAAAAAGCACCAACUGUUGGGUGGACCAGCUUCAACUCUGUUUCCCGAAGGCGCAGUUGAUUCCGAGGCAGACCCUGUGGCUUCUGCUGAACAACAGCGAACUGAUGCUGAUGGAGACGGCACCGGCGAAAUUGAAACGUCUGAUGUUUCGCAAACACGCGAAGGUGACGAAGAAGCAUCGACAGAAUACUGCGAAGGACAUAGCACGAGCAUCGUCGAAACUGAGGAUAAUGCCUAGACUAGCAACGGUGAUUCCGAGAUCGAUUUGUGAUAGGUUUGGCGUUACAGCUAGAAUCCACGACUAGAGAUUAACUUUGAGGAAGAAGAAAAAAAUGAUGGUAUCGAUACACAAACAUCUUUAGUGAAAUUUGGAAAAUGAAAUCAAAAUUGUACUCAAAAUUUAAAGGUUGUAACCUCUUAGUCAUUCAGAAUUGCAGUGAAAAGCAACAGAGUUUGUGCAAUAAGCAAUAAUUCAACUUAUUUAAGUAUUUAGAUUGUAGAAAAAGAUUGAAGCAACUUGAUUAUUCAUAGGCCCCGUUAGAUUCAUUGUUAUUCAAUAAAAAUCAAUUUCUAUA